AUGGCAUUUAAUGAAGAUUAUCGUUCAUUGGUUCGGGGUAUCACAAGCCUGGACUUCACAGGAGACAGUGAUCCCUGCAAACUACUUCUUACCGGAGAUUCUGCAUUCCCUGUGCUUGUGACUCCUGCAGGAGAUGUACUAAUAGCUGCAUCUCGGUAUGGGAAGGGCCGGGUAGUGGUUUUGGCCCACGAGUCGUAUUUGAAGAAUCCCCAGUUUGCACACUUCUUACAGAAUGCAGUGUCCUGGUUGAAUCCAUCCCCUGGAGCAGUAAUUGGAGUUGGCAAUAGCCUAGAAACUUUGGCAAAGAGUCUUUCCGCAUCAGGAUGCAGUGUCCAAACCAGCUAUGAUCUCAAGCAGGGCUUAGGUGUUCUAUGCACUAUUCACAAUAAUGACAGCCAGACUGAAGACAUUAUAUCCUUUCUGCGGGAGGGUGGAGGUCUACUAAUUGGAGCGGAGCCCUUAAAAUGGGCAGACAGCAACAGAGAUGAAAAUAUUUUGCAGAAAUUUCCCGGAAACCAAGUAAUAUCGGUGUCUGGUGUUUACUUCACUGAUAAAUGUGGAGAAAAAGGGAACUUCAGUGUUAGUGAAAAUAUACCAUGGAACCCAAUUUAUACAGAUUUGAACUUUUCACUGGAUUUGAAGCAUCUUUUUCAAGGUGUGUCCAAUGUGGACAUCAGUGGUUCAGCUGUCCCCUCAGAGCUUCUACUUCAUGGACCUUUGACAUUUCCAAUUGGAUUGAGUGACAAAAACCAAUGUUUUUUUGCUGCUGCAUAUUAUGGAAGAGGACGUGUGGUUGUGGGGACACAUGAAAGUUACCUAAAUAAACCAGAACUCAAAAAAUUGCUCCUAAAUGCCAUAUCAUGGCUUGACACAGGCAAAAAGGGAACCAUCGGAGUUCGUAAUAAACUGGCAAAAUUUGCCCAAAUCUUGAAACAAGAAAGCAUCAGUUGUAAAAUAUCAAACCUAGUCCCUGACCUCAGCAUCUACUGUUGUGAUUCCUACAGUGAUAAUGAGGCAGCAAGCAUCCAACAGUUUGUAGCAGAGGGUGGAGGCCUCCUAAUUGCUGGCCAUGCCUGGUAUUGGUCUUAUGGAAAAUCAGUAGAAAGUGUAUUGUCCAAUUACCCAGGAAAUAAAAUUCUGAAUAAGUUUGGAAUUAGUAUCCUUGGGAGGACUGUCCCUCAAGGUAUCUAUAAGACAUUAGACCCUGAGGGUGCUGCAAGCUGCUAUCACUUCCCCAAAGCAUUCUGCCAGCUGCAGAAGGACUUAGAAAGUGGGGUAGAAAUAAAACCUCCUCUGAAGUCCUGGUUGCAAAACCUUCAAAAAGAUAUCUCAAGUUACUUGAAGCUGCCAGCUUGCCCUCUCAUUUCUUGCCAACAGCAAAGGUUUGCAAGUCUUGUUCAGGGGUGUGCAAUACCCAAUGUUAGCAAAGAAUGUCCUGUGAAAAGUGACUCCAAAGAAGCUUUGAUCCUCAGUUUGGCUCAAGAUGUCUCCUGUCUAAGCCUAGAAAACAGCCAGAGGUUGGACAACGUUCAAGACCAGCCAUCAACUACUGUGCAGAUAGAUGCUACAAAUCCAGGUGAUGAUGCCUGGAGAAGCACUGGGCUGUACUUGCCUCCCGGAAAAACAGUAGUAAUUGUGUUUCCAGCUUCAGCUGUGGGAAAAGGUCUUCAGGUGCAGAUUGGCUGUCAAACAGAUGACCUGAGUUCUGCAAACAAUUUAUGUCGAGCCCCAGUGGUUGUAAACAAAACAUCUGUGCUUAGUGAGAAGGUUUUAGCAUCCUGUGUUUGGGGUGGACUCCUCUACAUCAUUGUGAAAUCAAAGUGCACUCUGGGUAUUGUUCCCAUUAAAGUGUAUGGAGCAGAACCAGCUCCAACAUAUAUAAAAGGCCAGACCAACCUCUCAGACUGGCAGCAAAACAUCCGUAAUCUCCCAGCUCCAUGGGCUGAGUUAAUUGGUGAAAACCUGAUUCUGACAGUGCCCUCGGACUCAAUCCGCUCACUAGAUGACCCAGAAGCACUUAUGUCUAUGUGGGACAAGAUCAUGAAAGCGGUUGCUGAGCUUGCAAUGACUCCUCUAAAGUUUUUACGCCCAGAGAGAAUUGUGGCAGAUGUGCAAAUCUCAAUUGGUUUUAUGCAUUCUGGUUACCCCAUUAUGUGUCACUUUGAAUCGGCAAAGGGAAUGGUUGACCUUCAGAGUAUCCAGAAAUCCGGAGUAUGGGGGUCUGCACAUGAGCUUGGGCACAAUCAGCAGAAAGGGUAUUGGGAGUUCCCCCCACAUACCACGGAGGCCACAUGUAACCUAUGGUCUGUUUAUGUACAUGAAACCGUCCUGGGAAUCCCACGAGAUCAAGCUCAUAAUAGCCUACAGCCAAAAAGCAGGGAUGAACGAAUCAAAGCCUAUCUGAAAAACGGAGCUAUCUUAGACCAAUGGUCUGUGUGGACUGCACUGGAAACUUAUCUUCAGUUACAAGAGGGCUUUGGCUGGGACCCGUUCAAAAGUGUUUUCUCAGAGUAUCAAACUUUCUCGAAUGUCCCCAAGGACAAAAAUGAGAAGAUGAAUCUGUGGGUGGAGACAUUCUCAAAAGCUGUGGAUAAAAACCUCGUUCCAUUUUUCGAGGCCUGGGGAUGGCCUAUUGAUGAUGAAACCCGCACCAAACUGUUCUCCCUAGCUGAGUGGGAGAAUGAUCCCAUGAAGUCAUAUACAGCAGGAAUCAAAGCAUAA